AUGGAGAAUUUCCUGCACGAUUCCUGCCUCAAUCAAACCUUGUGGAGAGAGACAUCGCGGUACCUGAGGAGAAUUUGCCUGGCUGUGAUAGCUAUAGUGUUCAUCAUUCCAGUAGUGUUGCGCCCUCUCGAGCUGUCGUACUCGCUUGCCGCAGGGGACACUUGGUGCAUAAUAUUGGAUACAGGUCUCCUUGCAAUAGAUCGCCUUGUCACAGCCCCCAUAUUCUUGGUUUUCGUUUUUGAAGCGUAUGUGCUUGUACGUGUCGUGAAAGGCUAUGCCGAACGCAUCAAAAUUUGGCCUCAGGACUAUAAGAACAUUCCAGGUUCGGGCAAGCGGGCGGCGAAACAACAAUUUAUCAAAACACACUCUCUGAUUGGUUCAGUUGGGAGUAACUUCCAAUUGUACUUAGCGCUGCAUUUCCUGUUUCUCAUGAUCACGGCUUUUCUCGGUGUCUUCGCAUGCGCUGAACAACUUGAAGCCAAGGUAACUGAAAACCGCACCUACUACACCGCUGGAACACCAAAGUACUACAAACGGAUGAAAAUCACACCGUUUAUAAUAAAACCACCUGUUCAAAUCAAAAUGGUGCCCAUUGAGUCAAGUCAGCCAUAUUUGCAAAGUUUAAUUGCAUUAAGAGCAGCGUCAAAAGCUAACAAGCCUAACAGUCUGCUUGUUAAUGUGACUUUGAGAGAGGAAAUCACGGAAACCCACACGGAAGCCAGUCAAAAACAGAUGCUGAUUGAAGUCGGGAUUGAAGCCACUUUGAAAAUCUUAGAGUCCAUUGUGCUGUACAUGAUACCGCUGACACUUAUGUUGCGCCUUCAAACAAAGUUGAGUAUUGUUCGACAAACCAUCUUGUACUCGGACUGCUUUGAACAACAAGAAAAUGGCUAUUUGUUUCAAGACGAAGAAACUAUAAGAACAAUGGCAGAAUUUGUAGAAACAUGUAAAGGCAUAACCAUAUUUGGUUACAAAAUGCCAUUGUUUCGAGCAUUCCUGCUCUCUGCCUUCGCGCCUUUUCUAACGGCUUUGACCACUUUCCUGUUUUCCUACAUUCACGUUAAACGAAGAUAG